UGCUGGCCGCGCCACCAUCGCAGUUCUCCCGCCAGUCGGUAGUGUUCCCGCCGUUCCGCUCACCCCCACAGCUGAUCGUACCUCUGCUAACAUAUUGUUCACAUUUGCCGGUGUAACUCACAACCGGCAACGUGUAUCCGUUUAAGGUGUACUACACCAUGACCUCCUCGGCAGUGCUCGGAGCUGCCACAGGUACGGGCCUCGCCCUCCUGGUGGCCAUGACCAUAGUGGUCUACCGCUACUACUCGUCCAGGCGCUGGGGCAAGGAGUGGAACUACAAGGGGUCGUGGACUGCCGGACCUGCUACUUACUACUACCGCAAACAACAGCAACAGCAGCAGCCCUACGUUACUACACAGAAGGUUUUCAAUGUGGCCAAGGAGCAGCAUGUAGUACAACCUGUGGCAACAGUAGCAGCGCAUGCUGUCAAUACAGAACUACUCCACUCUCCUCUGGAAGUGUCUCCCGGAGCAGUGCUGACCCACCAGUCCCGGUCUUAUCCUGGGGUCCAGGGACAUCUAUCCCGAACUCCCUCUGUUUCUUCCCAGAGUAGCCUGGACAGCAGCAUAUCCAAGCAGAGUCAUCGAGGGUCAUCUCCGCAGAUCAGGACAUUUGCUCCGGAUGGACGAGGAGUGCUUUCCAGGGUUGCCACCACUACAGAGCGAGAACCUCCUCCUCGCUCCCCUUCACCUCACCGCUCCCCCUCCUUCGACUCUAGAGCUCCCCCCUCUCCUGCAGGGGAUAUCCGGACACCGUCUCCCUCUCAGUCUUCCCUGGUAUCUGUCUGCUCUUCCCCAGUUCCCCAGUCCCCCAGGGCUCGAUGUCUCUCUCCCCUGCUACUUCCCCCAAGGAACCAAUCGCAAGAGCAGCAACAACCACCCGCCUCGCCACUCGGCACCCUCCAACCGGACCUUUACCAGAAGCGAGAAGGUCCUCUGUUCCUCCAAGGUCAGAGAGGAAGUCCGUCUCUUGGCCGACUUCAUCUACGACUCAAGUAUGACUUUGACCGGUCUGAUCUCCACGUGCAUUUGAUAGAGGCUCACGAUCUUGCUGGAAGUGGUCAGGGAGGUUUCAAUGAUCCUUAUGUAAAGCUCACCAUGUCUCCUGAAGUUGAUUCUCGUAAACGUCAAACUGUCAUUCACCGAAACGAUCCAAACCCCUUCUUCGACCAACACUUCAAGUUCCCUGUGUCCCACGAGGACCUCAAAGACAAAACGUUGAUCCUUCAGGUUUUUGACUACGACCGGUUCUCAAGGAAUGAUGUGGUUGGAGAGGUGAGGGUGAAUAUGCUUGACCUUGAUGUGACCUCCAGUGUGGAAGUCUGGGGAGAUAUCACCAAGCACAAGAAGCCGCCAGAAGAGCUACAAGAAGUGUUAUUGUCUCUGAGUUACCUUCCGUCAGCUGAGAGACUUACUGUGGUUCUACUCAAGGCUCGAAACUUAUUCCGCCCACAGAACAAAGAUACUAUAGAUCCUUUUGUCAAGGUUUAUCUCCUGAGCAGUGGCAAAAGAGUGAAGAAAAAGAAAACUGCUACAAGAAAGGCAACUACAAACCCUGUUUGGAACGAAGCCUUGACUUUCAACAUUUCAUCAGCUAAUCUGGCUCUCUCUGCGAUUGAGGUUUGCGUGAUGGACGGCGGCAGUGAUCUGAUUGGCAACUCUCCUCUACUCGGCUGUUGUGUGAUUGGUCCACAUGAGGAGGGCCCAGGACAGGACCAUUGGACGGACAUGACGCAGAGCCCUCGCAAAGCUGUGGCUAUGUGGCACACUCUACGAUAGAACUAGAAAGGUGUCACAUGAAAGGUGUCAUGUUUGUUCAUUGAGGAUGACAACAAAAUAAAAGUCAACAUCUCGGCAAGACGACGUCUCCAGUAACCUAUCUUAUGUCGUCUUGAUACAUUUUUUAAAUGGCAUGCUGGAAAUGAAAUCUAUGGAUCAAUUAUUUACAAUUCCACUAUAUUUUAUUUUGUCCACUUCUUAGCCAAUAUUUGUGAUUAUUGGUUUGGAGCAUAACUAUCACAUCAAUCUAUUGUUGAGUGUUUUGUUUCAAGCAAAAAGACAUUCUUUUUAAAAUGUUCAGUUGUAUCAAACAAAUUAUUUGUUUACGUACAGUUUUUAUGUUUGUUUACUGUAAUAAUUCUCUUCCUGGGGCAAAAACUGUACUAUACUAUUAUAAUAAAAUAUGCCUGUAUGUAGAUGGUAUGCAUUUCACUAUCAACAGUAAAAGGAGCAAAACUUAUCAUUUAUCUUCAGUUAAAAACUUACAAAUUUUCUUUAAUGAAAUUAACAUUACCAACCCUACAACUAUUAAUCUUUAAGGGGAAAGUGGUCAAUUAUUUAAGCUUCAAUGCCUUACAAAAAUAAAUAUUUUCAAAUUUAAAGUUUAUAUUUUUAAUAUAUAUAAUAGGAAAGGUCUGGUCUGACGAUUGCGUAGUUUACUCAAAGGAUAAUUAUUCCUAGGAGUUCGUAAUUUAUUACCAAAAUAUGAGGUAGUUUUAAAAAAGUUUCUCUUUUACAGAUACGCAAUUUUAAAUUUUAUGUACUUAAUUAGAACAGUUGACGAUUAUUACUUAACUCUGUUUUAACGCCAGUUAUUCUUUUACUCCAAAAGUAGGCUAAAUCAACUCAAAAGUUAGAAGGAUAUUUUACAGAUCCCUAACAAUUUCAAAUAAGCCAUUACCUUUGGUUUAAUGUUCCAGCUAAGUGUAAAAAAACCAGACUUAGGGGAUUCAAAUUAAAGCUGGUACGCUUAUGCAUGUUUGUUGGUAGAUGUAAAGUAUGUUAUGGAGUAUUGUUUUUAUCUAACUUCAUGUUAGCCUGAGGUAUAUUUUGGAAACUAAAUAAUGGUUGUAUAUUUAUACAUAGAAAUUAUAACUAUAAUGAUUAUUAUUGCACACAGUUAUUCAUUUGCUUGAUAGUGUUGUAUUUGUGUACUUACAGUAAGAUUAAAUGUCAUUUAUAUAGUUUACAAUUUACUUCUAUCCGAACCUAAACAUUUACACUCAAUGCAAUGUAAUGGUAAGUUGGUAAGAGACCAUUAGUCUAUAAGCAUAUACCAACCAAAGUACCAAACAAUGUAGUUUAACAUAUCCGAGGCCAAGUAAUCCGUGUCAAUUCUUAAAAAUCUAAUACAGUACAAAAAAGUUAAAAAUAGUUGUAGAAGAAUCAGUCCUGUCAUUACAGCGCCAAAUUUAGCUCAAUAAUCCAAAACAGUGCUGUGUGUGUGUUGUAUGAGUUGAGGA